AUGGGUCUUCAUCCAGACUGCAGAAAUGGUGUCGGUUAUGAGGUCACGGAGGAUGAUGAUGAGUUGCCCACAGGGCAGGCGAUUUGUUCUGAACUGCCAAGGAGAUGCCCGCCUACUGGUUCCGCAAGCACAAGCAGCCAUAAAAGCAGUCAAAGUCACGAUCGCACGAAUAGCCCCUGUCAGGACGGUGCUUGCAAAGGUCAUUCGUGCAUCAGUGAACCACCUUGCGACCGACCAUCUGAUCGAGAGAUACUUCCAAGCGUAGUUGCAAAGGCACUGAGGCAAACAGCUCCAUACGGCUUGGUGCGAAGCUCCAAGUGGUCCUUGCCUGCCCCAAUCGAACGUUCCUCAUGCGGAAACUGCAAGAGAAAGCAGGUUUUAGCCCCAGUUCUGCAUUCCCUUUUGCAUGACUCGGGAAAAGAGAUCAACGGUUCCCGCUCAUGGAGGACACAGAGAGCAACCGAGAGAACUAUGUCCAGACUACAGCACAUACCGCAUACUGAAGCCUCUAUGCCUAAGCACUUUAAGUUUCUCUACGAUAUUUGUGUGAACAAGGACACAGGGACACCUACUGACUAUUCGAGAGGGCUAAAGACCGCUCGGGAGGCUGAGCAACUAAUGGUUCCGCAAAUAGAGAAUGAGAGAGAAGCAGCCCAAAAUCAGGACCUCGAUGAAACUGGCCAUGCCAAUCUAAACAUAGUGAAAACAGGGCUAGAUGCUGUGAAAUUCUUCGCCCGGCAUGGAAAUACCACAAAAACAAAGUUUUUGUUUUGUAACAGGGCUCCAACAGCUCCGCUUGUGUUCGAACCGUACAGGCUUGUCGUGGUGCCGCCUAACCAAGUAAAUCCGGAACAUUUUACACUGUCAGCAACGGCUGUGAUGCACAUUUGUCCAGGGAAGCCGACCGAGUGUUUUAGACAGGACGAGUGGAUGCGGCAGGCAUUUGUGUACUCGCUUCUCCGAACUUUGUCGUUCUUCAAAACGUUUGUAACUCGUAAAGUAGUAAGCCUGUGGGUUCACGCAUCAAGAAAACAUGCUUUUGAGGAACGCAGAGAAAUGCUCUGCAAAACGUUAUUCAUAGCCAAGCCCACUUACUGCGACUACCUCUCGAAAAUCCACAAGGUGCUCGCCGGAGUUGGUGCACUAAAACUAAUCGAACUGCAGCCCGCGAUAUAUAGCAUCUCCCAGUUUACAGAGCAACAACGUGUUCUUCAUUUGGAUCAGAAAGUCGGCGCAAGUAAAAAGCUUGAGGUUAGUUCUACAAAUAUAAAAAACCAAUCUGAUAUGUGCCUCGUAGGAGAUACCUAUCACCACAUUCACAUUCAAAGCAAAUAUGCUUCUCUGGACGUGCAUGAAUUCAGCCUCCUUCUUGCACCCACUCAGGCGACCAUCAAAGCUGCAGCUGCGAUGGUAGAACGUAUUGGUACUGAAGAGGCUUGUGCCAAAUUGUUUAGUGUCAAUGUAUCCUUUGGAAACACGAAAGUAAACCUGGAGCCAGGACGCGCCGAUUUUAUUUCCAUGCUACACGAAUUGUGGGACGGUAAGAACUCACUUGAGGGAAGCACAAUACCAAUUGAUGCAGAAGUUUGUAAAACGCCGAAGUCACAGAAGUCUAGACACAGAAAAACGACUGAGGAUCGCGGAAGGGGCAUUAAAUGGAUGGAGGAGAGACUUCUAAAAGACUUUGACCGAGCGCAAAAGUACUCAGAAUCGUAUUUCGGGAUAUACAGACAAAUCUAUGAUUAUGGUCAGAACUGGGACGAGACUGCAUUUGCCAACGCGACAACAAGCCAUGAUGACCUUUCAACUGAAAUGGAGAUGGUGUCAGAAUUUGAGGAUAAACUUGACAAACUCAACCCAGUUCAUGUGGUUGGCCUGUUUUCAAUUGAAGCACGAAACUUGAAGUGUGCACUACAACCUAUUACAGAAAAGGCUCUUUCAUUUAUGAAACGGCUCCUAUGGAAGCUCAUGAAAGACCAUGUGCGGAAUACGGCGAGUCGUUUCGAAGACAUCAAUAAACGCCUAGACGAGCGUCCAAUGAAUUUGGCCCGCUUCGCCUCCUUCCUUUGUACUUGCAAGGAAAUCAAGUCCCAAAUUGACGAACUCGACCGAGACAAGGCAGCUGCUGAAGAUAUGUUUGCUCUUUUGAAACAAUACGGCGUCCGCCUGGCUGUUGAAGACACAAUUCACCUUGAAAAUAUGCUAAAGAGUGCAAGCGAAUUCGAGAAGUCUAAAUUGUUGGAUGCAGCAGAGCAUAUAAGAUGCAACCUUGAAGUGAUGAAGGCAGACUUGAAGGCAAGGACAGAAGAGGUAGAAAAUGAGAUGGAGGAGCUCAAUAAGCUUAUCAGUGACGAGGAGUUCGGCACGCUAGGCGCUUGGAAAAAUGCAGCCAGAUGCUUUGAGCAGCUGAAGGAAUACCAACAGCGCAUCAGUCUCGUCUACGAAAAGGCUGAGUCUCUGAGAGUCAUGAGGGAGCUCUUUAGUCCGGACAUCCCUGCAGUCAUAUCCAAGCAAAUACAGGAGGCAGUUAGCAGCAUUGAGCCCAAAGUUACGAUGUGGCAGCACAUUUGUUCGUGGCAAUGUGACACUGGACAGUGGCUUGGCCUUCCUUUGGCUGCACUGAACGCUGAAGCAGUAGACGGUGCCGUAAAGCGGUACCUGAAGGAAGCUUGUGCAGCCGUGCAAAGCUUUCCUAGUGACUUAGUGGCCACCGAAUUUAAGAAAGAAGUUGAAGAGGAUGUGGCCGAGUUACUGUCCACGAUAGAAGAUCACCAAAUAUCUAUGCAGCGCAUGCUGCACAACCCAUAUAUAGGGGUCCUUAAACAAAAGGUGGAAUCAUGGGCUGGAAAACUUGAUUCGGCGCAACAAAUCCUGGGUAACGCACCACCCAUUGUGGCUGCGAGGAAAUACUCUCAGUGAAUUAUAUAUAAGGGCUAUGAUACGGCUUGGGAUAUGGUUGUAUUUCAUGCAGAGGAGCUAAUACAACUUCAGGGCCAAUGGAUUAAGCUGCAGGGCGUUUUCAGCAAUAUGGAGAUACUUGAACAACUCCCUGAGGAAUCAGAGCUCUUUGAACAUGUCGAUAGCUUCUGGCGGGCAUACCUCAGAAAAAUUCGCAGUAAAGCAGCUAGUCUCAUUACGGUAGUUGAGGAAGAGGGCCUGUUGGAGAUCCUUGGGGAUAAAAAUAAAAUAUUGGCUGACUUGCAGCGCAAAGUCGAGGACUGCCUUGACAGCAAACGAAUGGCGUUUCCGAGGUUUUACUUCCUCUCGAAUGAGGAGUUGCUGAACAUUGUAUCUAAAGCCAAGCAGCCAGCUGCUUUGCAAGAGAGCUUCCAAAAAUGCUUUGACGGCUUACAAGCCGUAGCGCUAGGGGCUAACGGAACUGUGAUUAAGGCUGUAUAUUCUCAAGAAAGGGAGAAGAUUGAUUUACUCUCCCCUGUAAACGUGUUGGCUCCCGUGGAACAGUGGUUUGCCAGCCUGGAAGAAGCCAUCGUGAACUCUCUGCGGCGCCAUUCGAAGGCUGCACUGGAAAACCAGGCUAGUUGGGAAAUCGAUUUACAAGAUAGAAUGGGCAUGUACCCCUCUCAGUGCAUAGUAAGAAACGAAAUGAUCAGCUGGUGCUCGAAGAUAGAGGAAGCUCUAGAAGCUGUAUGCCAUCAACGCCGCUUCACUGCACUUGAGGACUGCCUCAAGGCGUGUACCAAGGAAAUUCAGAGGCUUGCGCAGCUCAACGUAUACGUACAGGCUUCGUUAUUGCGGCGGGUGGCCCAGUCCCUCUUAAUUUUUAUGAUCCAUGCCCGUGACAUCCUCCAUGAGUUGCAGCAAUCAAAAAUCCCAUCUCCCAUAUGUUUUGAAUGGAAAAAGCAUCUGCGCUACUAUUGGAAUUGUGAGGAAGGAGAGUGUGACAUUGAACAGCUCCAAGCGAAAUUUCGGUUUAGGCACCAGCAUCUUGGUUGUACAAGCAGAGUUGUAGUCACGCCUCUGACUGACAAGUGCUUUAUGGCACUUACCUCUGCUUUCCAUCUUGGAUAUGGCGGCGCAUUAUUUGGACCAUCUGGAACAGGGAAAACAGAAUCUGUCAAGGAGUUGGCCAUGGCCCUUGGAGUGUCCUGCCAAGUAUUCGAUUGUUCAAAGGAAUUGGACAUUUGUACAGUAUCGCGACACUUGAAGGGUUUGGCUCAAACUGGCAUUUGGGCAUGCUUCAAUGAGUUUAAUAGGAUUGGCACUCAUGUUUCAUCAAUUGUUGCCCAGCUGCUUCUAAGAAUGCAAACAGCCAUAAGGGCUCAGAAAGACCUUUUUGAAUUCGAUGGGAAAAGCACCGCUAUUGAUCCGAGAUUAGCAAUUUGCAUGACAAACAAUCCAAGCUCUGCGGGGCGAACGGAGCUACCAGGAAUCCUCCAGUCGGUCUUCCGGCCAAUGUCAAUGAUUACGCCCGACUACACUAUGAUUGCCGAGGUCACCCUCUUCGUAAACGGUUUCUUAUCAGCACCUUCUUUGGCUGCAAAGGUGGUGCACAUGUUCUCUGUAGCAAAUGUAUUACUUAGCCAACAAAAGCACUACGACUGGGGACUCAGGUCCCUGAAAGCAGUUCUCUUGAAUGCUGGAAAAAUUAAAACGAAACAACUUGAGAUCGACGAGACGAAAGCAAUGGUGGAAGCACUCCAGUCUGUUCUGCCGAGUCUCGUAGUCGAUGACAUACCUAUUUAUUUGGGCCUUAUUUCCGACAUUUUUUCUCAGCAGCCACUUUCAAAAUCAAACGACAUUGAGGUAGAAGUAGAAUUUGAAGCAAUCCUCAGAGAGCAGCACCUCCAAGCUUUGCAUAGUUUUGUGGAGAAGGGAAUGCAGCUCUACGAAGCUCAGCUACUUCGGCACAGCUUGCUGGUGGUGGGAGCUCCUGGAGUGGGCAAAACUACCCUUCUUGUUGCGUUGUCGAAAGCGAUAUCUCGAGUUCAUAUGAAGGCAGGAACUACGACACAUUCGAGUAGGACACAGCAUGAGCAUGUAGCACCUGACAGAUUUUGUAAGGUGCUGCGGGUGUAUUCUAAAGCACUGGAGGAAAGUCUGCUCUUUGGCAAAAUGGACCCUAACACUACCGAGUGGAUCGAUGGAAUUAUCCCAGCUCGUGUUAGAGAGGCGGCUGCUGCGCAAAGCGACAUCCACAGUUGGCUUGUUUUCGAUGGGCCUUUGGAUGCAAUCUGGGCCGAAAACCUGCACUCUGCUCUAGAUGACAACAAAACCUUAUACCUUUGCAGUGGAGAGCGUAUUGCGUUGCCAGAAAACUUCAAGAUUUUCUUUGAAGUUGCAGACCUGCGGGAUGCAUCACCCGCGACAGUCAGCAGGUGUGGAACUAUAUUCAUUGAGGACCUCGUAGGCUGGAUAGCAGUAUUCCAGUCCUGGGCACAAUCUUUUAGCACCAAAAAAAGCAAAUUCGCGGUUACUGCCAGCAAGAUUGAGUCGUGGUGCAUCAAUAUCUUUCAAAAGGCUAUACAAUAUCUUCGCCAAAGCAGCCCAAUGUAUUUUGUUUUCGCAAUGGCGUGGGGUUUGGGCGGGCAUCUGGCCGAUGUACAGCGAGCCGAUCUUUCGAACGCCUUACAACCAGAAUUUUCCAAAAUAUGCAAGCUACUAGAGGGCCUUCCGAAUAAUAUUUCUAUUUACAACAUUUUACCUGACACGACUAACUUAAAGUUCGAGACGUUUGACUCCAUGGUUCCACAGUAUUCAUUUGAAAGUGGAGUGAAAUUCAGCGAUAUAUUUGUGCCCACUGCCCGAACAGUGGCUCAUUCGUUUUUCCAGCAGAAACUCGUGGAGGGUGGAUAUAGCUGUUUUAUUGCUGGGAAGUCGGGCACUGGAAAAAGCAUACAUCUACAGCAGUGCAUUAAGACACCCACCCCUUCAAUAGCUUGUUGCAAGAUGGCCUUGGCAUACCGAACUACCACACAAGACAUCGAGGAUUUCAUCGUUUCUCAUUUUGUAAAACACCACCGGAGAUCCCUUGGGCCACCUCACGGUUUUCGAAUGCUGCUCUUCAUUGACGACCUUGCAGCCCCUGCCCCAGAUAACUUCGGGACCAAGAGGGCUCAUCAACUAAUUAGGCAGAUUGUUGAGUCUGGGGGAUUUUAUGAACGUACACAUCACCACUUUAUUCGCAUUGAAGACACCAGCACUAUUCUUAUCAGCAAUGCAAAUGUAUCCGGAUUAUCCAUAGACAUGCGGCUUCUACGUCACUUCAACAUAUUAUAUUACGACGAAUAUGCUCCGGCAGACAUCAAGCACGUAUUCGCACGAAUUUUAAAAGGAACCUGGGAGCGGACGCUGCCAAUGUUUUCUCAUUGCGCGGAUAUUCUGAUUGAUGCUACAGUUGUUGCAUAUCAACGCAUCAAGGCUCAUCUAUUGCCUACGCCACUUAAGUGUCACUACAGUUUUACAAUGCGAGAAAUUUCGAGAGCGGUGGAGGGCAUGCUCAUGGCGGACACCAGUAAACUCACCAACAAAAUUGAUAUUACUCGGUACAUUUAUACAAGAGCUUUUAACACAUUGCUCAUUGAUGAAAAGCUACUUCAUACUAAUUGGUGUGAUUCUGCUUUCUUUGAUGCCCCGAGACCUAUUCAGAGAUUUUUGUGCUGUAACAGGUACCUUGAGCAGUAUAACGCAACAAGCACCUCACCGAUGUGCCUUGUAUUCUUCGAGCAUGCCAACAAACACAUCGCUCGACUCUGCAGAACGCUACGAGCCCCUAGAGGGCAUGCGCUCCUCCUUGGAGCACGCGGAUCAGGCCGAGAAAGUUUGUCUCGCCUAGCCACUGCAAUAAUGGAUUACACGGACGUUACCAUGUCUACUAUAUCGCACUAUGGCCCGAAAGAUCUUCAGGAAUACCUUCGGGAUGUGUCGUGUUCAGGAGAGAUCCAUGGGCUGUUUAACCAGCCAGAAAAGGAAAAGCUUUCCCUUCAAGUGGGAGUCAUGGAAAAUCCAGAGGCUGUUGGUGCUUCUGAGAGUUGGCAUAGUGUUGUGGCCCUUGUUCAAAGUAGACUUCACUUUUUAGUAAAUAUGUCGGCGUCCGGUGAAACAUUUAGAGCCAUUUGCCGUAGCAUGGCUCAUUUGGUAAACGGCGCUCUGAAUAGAACAACCAGCUUGUUGAUAUGGCGGUCGUUUGAUAUUUAUGCUACCUGAAGCGCGUCCGUGGAGAUAUAUUCCGCCAUUGAAGGAGUAGCCGAGCGAUAUACGGCCGUAACGGGAGAGUCUCUUCACAUGACACGUACCUCCUUUGUGGAGUUAGUCAAGCAUUACCUGUUUCUGCUUGCGGAAAAGAAACAGGAGUUAGUGAAGUCUAUGAAGGCACAGCUGCUAGCCGAUCAGCCGAUCCUUGAAAAGGCAAAGGAAGAAGCAGAACUUGUGGAAUGGUCCCUCGCAGCAGAUGAUAAGAGUGAAGUAUUAAUGGGGCAACGUUACUCCUUCGAGAAAUCCGCUGCAGAAUCAGCAGACAUUAAUGCUCAAUGGACCCGAGAUGAAUGCCAACAAGAUGUACGCGUGGUACUGCCCUUAUUGCACCAAGCGUUUAAGGCCCUGGAAGCUCUCGACGAGCAGGAUAUACAGGAACUGAAGUCUCUCACGUCUCCGAUUGCACUUGUAGAAGCAGUGAUGAAUGCUGUCUGCGUUCUCUUGGGGCGGAAAGUGUCUUGGGAAGAUGGCAAACAGCUUCUUGACGAUGCAUCGUUGAUAACGACUCUCAGACACUACGAUAAGGAUCAUGUGCCACCUAAGUUAAUGCAGCAGCUAAGCAUGUAUACGUCCCUUCAAGACUUUGCACCAGAAAAGGUCGUAAUGCAUUCCAAAGCUGCAGCUUCUCUUUGCAUGUGGGUGCGGGCCGUCGAAAGUUACGUCAGAGCUCUAAAUAAUAUGGAUCCGAAACAGCCAGAGCAUACUGAGUCGAAUCAGGUUUGGAACCAGGCAGACGGCAGCUCGGAAGAAACAAAACCGCCUCUUGAGGAGGUCCAGGCACGGGUGCAGUCCCCUGUUGAGCAGUAUGAUGCGCGCCGCAAAAGAGUCGUAGAGAUGGAACGUCAAAUGCAUACAACGGCACAACGACUUGCUCAAGCAGAAAACCUACUAUCAAGAAUAUCCGUAGAAGGAUCUAGAUGGGCUAGUAAUGUCAAAAUCCUGGAAGAAGAUAUAUCCUACCUAUUGACCGAUGUCCUAAUAGCAGCUGGAAUGCUUAAUUACGCGGGGCCCUUUACUCGUGAAUUCCGGGAAGAGCUGCUUUGCCAAUGGCUUGCUAUGUGCCGAGACGAAGGACUACUUGCACGAGCAAACUUUUCGCUUGCUGGGACAUUGUCAACACCGUCCGAAAUUAGGCAAUGGGCUCUCGAAGAACUACCAUCUGAUGUGACAUCUAUCGAAAAUGCUAUUUUAGUUUGCAACUGUGUUAAAUGCCCUCUCCUCAUUGACCCUGAGGAUCAGGGUACCCACUGGCUCAGGCGUAGGCAGUACAAAACGGAUUUCAAGGAGAUUUAUACAAGCAAUCCCAAUUUUCUGCAGACUCUCUGUGAAGCAGUCACAGCCGGAAUGACCGUCCUUAUCACAAUUUCUGAGGAGGGGAUUGACUCCGCAAUCAAGACCCUUAUCGAGGCAAUGAAGGAUACUCCAGAAGACCGAUCAAUCAUUCGCCUUACUCACCAUAGCGCAAGAAGGAACCCAUACUUUAGAAUGGUUUUGGUGACGAAGCAAAGCCCUACCGAAGUGAUUGAUGAGCUACACAGUGACCUCUGUGUUAUUAACUUCCGCGUAACUCCAGCUAGUCUUGAAGAACAAAUAUUAAACCAGAUUGUAAUGCAUGAAGCGCCACAUCUGGAAGAACAGCGAAAGCUGCUCGCCAUUAGUAUUGCCAGAGACUUGGCGACAGGGGCCACAUUUCAAGAAAAGAUUCUGGCGCUUUUGGCCGAUGCAAAAGGUGAUAUCUUGACGGAUAAUGUAUUUUUGGAAAGCCUAAAUGAGUGUUAUUCGGGGUACGAGGCAAUUCAGAGGCGCACUAAUGAAGCAUUCGCCACAGCGGACAAACUGGAGGAGGCUCGACGAUUUUACAAGUCGCUUGCCGAAAGAGGCGCAUUACUGUACUGUCUCCUGUGCGACUUGUCUCACCUCAAUGCACUCUACCAGUGGUCUUUUGAAAUCUUCAAGGUUCAAGUCCAAACUUCCUUGCAGAAUUGCCAAGACGCAAGCGAAAACCGUGUGGAGAUUCUCAAAGAUCUCCUUACCUGGGAAGUCUACUGCAACACGUGCAGAGGACUUAUGGAUACUCACAGGCUUGCCUUUGCAUUUAUGAUUGCAAAAGCAAUAGAUGUGCAGGCAGGAAACAUUCCAGUUAGCAUGCUUGAGUUCUUUAUAAAAGAAGUUACGGGGAGAAUUGAAGGCGAGUCGACUGGCAUUCAGCCGCAUUGGACAACCCUCGAAACUUGGCGCAAUAUUAUCUUCCUAGACCAAAUCAUAGGAGGGCCCUUUCAAGGUUUCGCCCGUUUAGUGGCAGCGGACGAUGGUGAAUGGAGAACAAUAAUCGAAAAUGAUGACAAGCUUCCACCACAUUUGCCUCGAAUUAACGGUGGAGACCUGAGGCCAUUUGAGUCCUUGGUCCUCAUUAAAGCCAUUAGGAAAAGGGAACUGCACGCUGGAUGUCGCGAAUACGUUCAAAAAAUACUGGGUUCUCGAUAUAUCUGUCCCAUUAAGCUGGAUUUGCCGAAAGCAGUGGAAGAGUCGACCCCGUUGAUACCCUUAAUCUUCAUCGAGCUCCCCGGAAGUGAUCUCAUAGGAUCAAUAAGGAUUCAAGCUGCCCGCGCUUCACUGUCUCAGAAGCAUCUGCAUAUUCUCUCGCUUGGGCAGGGCCAGGAUGCUGCAGCAGAGAAUACUUUGCAGGAAGCAAGAGUUCAUGGAUAUUGGGUGUUUCUCCAAAUCUGCCAUUUGGAAGAUACACUCGUGCACUCGCUUCAGAGAUUCUGUGAAGAGCUCCGGCAGCAGCAUGUGCAUCCGCGAUUUCGGCUUUUCAUAGCAACCCAGCCAAACCACCACCUGCCAAGCAGCAUAUUGAAGCAAAGCAUAAAAAUACUGGCUGAACCACCUUCGAUAUCCCAACAAGGGCUGUAUGAGUCAGCAGCAGCCGGAGAACAUGACAUGGCGUGGGACAAGACCUUAUUCCUGACGGCUGAAAUUUAUUAUGGAGGACGCGUGACAGAUUCUGUUGACCAACGGGUGCUCACCUCGUUACUAAAGCGCUGCAUUUCCGCAAACGAACUCGGAUCGGAUGCUGCUGAGACGGUGAUGAAGCGAUACGUCCUUCCUUCAGACUAUUGCUACCAAGAUAUUACGGAAUUUGUUAUGAGUCUGCCAAUCGAUCCAGAGCCUGAGGAUUUAGGACUUGAUCGUGGAGCUGUCCUGAUGUAUAAGGAGCUGGAGAGCAACAAACUCUUUGACUGCCUGGUUAACGUGCACAGGGGAAUACAAAAGUGCACCGGAAAUCGCCGGGAAAGCAAUCUUUUGAGCAUCAUAUCAGACAUGUUGUACAAGUUACCUGCGGACAUAUCCACUGACAAGGCUACCGGUACAGUGUUCCAACCACAUGCAAACCAGCAAAAAGGUUUUGAUGGGCUGAGCCCACUGGACGUAUUUCUCAAAGGAGAGGUUCAGGCCUACAACAUGCUUCUCGCAUGCAUUCGAAAGUGUCUUACCCAGCUUCAGGAGGCACUUCGAGGCCGGGAAGUCAUGACUGAGGAACUGGAAAACCUUAGCAAAAUGGUGUACCUCCAGAGAGUGCCAACAUCUUGGAUCGAAGUGUCGUAUCCUACAAAGCUCAGCCUGGGCUGGUGGCUGGAAGACCUUGGUACACGGAUCACCAGCAUUCAGCAAUGGGUGCAGAACGGCCCUCCUGCUGUCUUCAACAUCGCAACCUUCCACAAGCCACAGAGGUUUUUUAUAGCAACUCUGACCGCUCUCGCCAAAGAUGUAGCUUGUAUCAAAGGUUUAUUGCAGCUGCGGAAGGCCGCUCUGCAGAUUCCACACCUUUCAAACGAUUGUCUUAUGAAAAAACCUCAUUGCAAGGUACUCUGCCUUGAAUAUAUUGCUUCGCAGGGACCACUUACUGCUCUCUCUUUAUCUGCCAAGAUUACUGAUAUAAAGGAUAUUACGAAAGUAAAAGCUCCUGCGGAUAUUGGAACAUAUAUAAAUGGUCUUUCCAUGCAGAACAAAGAAAAUACAGGUUUGCUGGCCCACCCACAAGCAUUGGCAUUUGCUGCCUCACCCCAGAGGAGCGUUUUUAGUAUAUCGAAGGGGCAAACGCAUGCUACACUACACCGAAAGGUCUCUAAUAUGGUGCAACUGGAAACAUCUGAUGCGAGAAUACAAAUGCAGACACAGGGCGGUAUAAUGGCGCGGAUAGCAGUAAUAACUAAAACGCCUCCAGUCCAUUUUAGCAUAAUUAUCAGCUGUGCUGAUAUAAGAAACGUGUUCUAUGCUGGUCAGAGUUCGGCAAACACCAGUACUGCUAACAAACACAUGCUGGUGUAG